AUGGAUGCGCUGGAUGUGCUGGAGGUACAGCUGCUGGAAAGGCAAAUCAAGUUGGCGGAGGAAAGGCAUGCCGCUGGUGAGUCGCGUGAAUCUGUUGGCCUUGACCAGUUGAAGCAGAAGCUGUCCGCAGUCAAAUCCAAGGUUCAGACAGUGCAGGCCAAGUCUGCUCAUGAUGCCAUUGGUGCUGCGCUGUCGAAGGUGAGGGACAAGGAGACCAGCGCUGAUGUGGGGUUCCUGGCCGUCCCACUUGCGACUGACGUGAGUCUCGGGCCGUCGACAGGCAGACUCGCCAUGCCGACAGGCAAUGACCAGGCGACAAGCAAGGAAGCAGCUGCCUCCUGUGCUGUGCAUCCCACAAGCCUUUUGGCAGCCUGCAGCACCCUGAAUGAACCUGGAGCUCCAUUUGUGCCACAGCUGGCUGGUUCAUCGAUCGGCGUAUUUCCAGGCGGCUUACCGGCCACGCCGGCCCCGCCGGCCCCGCCACCUCCGCCUGGCCCGCCGGCCCCGCCCGGCCCGCCGGCGCCUCCGACUCUGCAGGUGCCAUCUUUGGCUGUAACAAGCGCGGCACCGACGAAUGCAGAUCAAGGGUUCCAGCCACAAACAGCCGGCCCGGGCUUUGCACUUCCGACAUCAGCUCAGGCUGCCGGAGCUGUCGCGGAGGACCCGGCAUUGAACGGAUCGUCUCUGUCAAUCCAACAGCAGCUGUUGUACAUGAAGCAGUAUCAGCAGAUGUUGGUGAAUGGAUACGACGGAACGAUGUCAGCUGCAACACCGUCGACAUCUUCGUACCCCAGCAGUCUUCCUGGCUUCCAAAGUAGCACGGUUGAUGCAGGCAAGGCCCUGGCCGAGCUGAAUUCACUGGAGGAGCGAGUGCGAGAAGCGGAGGACAAGGUGAAGCGAGCGGCUGCACAGUCGCAUCACUAUGUCGGCUUCAUCUCCAAGUUUGAUACCAUGAAGGGCUAUGGCUUCGUCUCAUGCGCGGAAACCUUCAAGCGCUUCGGUCGCGACAUCUUCAUCGACCGCGAGUCAUAUCAGGGGGCAAGAAUUGGCGACACCGUGGUCUUUUCUGUCGGCUUCAACAAGAAGGGUGAGGUGCGUGCGUGCGACGUGCAAAAGCUGAAUGAGGUGACCAGGCUCAAGCAGGAGUUGCAGCAGAAGAAACAGGCUUACAUGACCAGCGUUUCCAGGCAAGGCCUUGCGCGCAGUGUCAGUCGUCAUUGA